AUGAAGAUCUAAAAACUAUCUAAAUAUCCAUUAAGGAGCAUUCAUUUCAUUUCAGUAAAGAAUUAAAUCUUGUAUAAGACUAAAUCUAUAGAUAAACUACUAGUCAUUCUAGAUUCAAUAGACUAACAUUUAGCUUCUCAUAUUGACAAAGUUAACAAAAGAGCUUUAUAUUACUCACUUCUUGACAACAAAAUAUCAUCUACGGAUGAGCUUGACAACUACAUAGAAGAGAUUUGCUAGAUUCUUAAUCUACAUAGAGAUGACCUAAAAAUUGGUAAAGGCUAUCCAGAUUAUGAGACUAAAAAAUUUGUGAAAAUGCUUUCUAGUAUUGCUAAUCUACCUAUUUUUUACAUUGGGGAUGCAGAUCCAUAUGGAGCUGAUAUCUAUUAUCAAUAUGCUUUUGGAAACCAAGUAAAAUAGUAUUAUUUUGAAUUCGAAUUUAUAGAAUCAAAGUAUGGAUUAAGAUGA